AGGAAAUAUGCUUUGGAUGGCGCGUUGGAUGCAGGCCAGUUGAAGACUCCACUCAUCAUCCAGAAACCCAUCCGGCCGUUUUUUGCCUCCCCAUGGCAAUUCUCAUCAGCCCUUGACUACCAUCCUAGGAAUAGCUCGGCCAACCCUAAGCCGUGCCUGUGUAGCACGGAGGAACAGCCAAGAAAAAACUUGCUCACCGGCCAAAACGCUCCCAACGAAGAACUGCCCUUCUGGUCGAACUCCUUGGACCAAUCACAACUAGGAUCAUGUUAUUUGCCGCCGAUAUUCCCUGCAAUGUCACUGGGACUUCGGAAUGUCACAAACGACCUUUCACAUGUGUUUGGCUGUCAUAUGGAAUGCCGCCGUGGCGGAGUGGAAUACUCAAAGUAUGGUGGCAUGGGCCAAAGCUACAGGGAACAUUUCGGCCUUUUCCGCCACUGUCUACGUAGCCCGUCUGGUCUAGUAGGGGAGCAUUCGGCGGAAAGCUGGACCCGUAGGUUGCCUCAGCUCCAUUUCCUUCCGAUGUCAUCUCUACCGUCAUGCGAAGAUGCAGGAAAUUUGAUGUCUCAAUUGCAAUCCCUGAAGGCUUCCAAGAAUCGAACGGUCGAGGCCUGCGACAUUUAUCUUUCAGAUGACGGUUUUGCCGUCAACGGCAUGCAGGAUUACUGUCAGCCGAGUCUGGCGCCUGUGUAUUAG